AUGGCCACCAAGACUUCGCAGGCCGCAAAGGAAAGCAGGCAUUGGCAGGACAGACUUGAAAUAUACUGCUUUGAGAACAAGUUGAAGGAGCCGAUUUACAAUUACGAUUCCGAUCGUCGAGGAGGUCGCACAGCUUGGACCUCCAAGGUCACCGUUCAGCACCAUGUCCCGAAUAUUCCGUGGAUAAUUCCGGGACGAUACUUCUUCGACGGUCAUAACAAUGCCCGAGAAGAUGCUGCCGAGGUCGCUUAUAGGGCGUUGACCAAGACCAGCAACCCCUGA